GGAUAACGGUUGCCUACGGUUGUCCCUGGUGGAACGACAUCCGGGUAUGGGAAGUGAGAAAUAGGCAAACUGAGAAGGGAAGAAAAUUGUCUGCCUUCCUACGCGGCUAUCAUGCCUUCGGUCUCAUGAAAAGGUGGGAGGAGAAGGUGAUGUGGAGCAUGUUGCCACUGUUUGUCCGCGAAGAGUUGAGUGAGGAGGUGUAUACCCUUAUGCUAAAGUCGCAGACCUGGGAUGAGCUGGAAAGUUCCCUGAAGAUGAGAUUUCCAGAGGAUGGAGCGGAAGGCCAGCUUGGUGAAGACCUUGAGCAACCAGCUGAGGUUACGUCAACACAAGGAGAGUUGAGUGAUAUACAGAGGCAAGUUGGGAUGUUAGAAGAAAGGUUGAUGCGAUUGGAAGAAGCCCGGUGUGGCAAGAGGAAGGCCUCUGAAGGAGCAUCGAGUGGGCCGGUUGGGCAGGGUGAGGCAGAGGCAGGGGAAGUUCAUCUGAGGUUACUCCUCCACAAGGGAACCUCGAAGGGGCGAGCCUGCGCCCCGGAAAGAGGCGAAGGCGAGGGGUUCAUUGAGGUAAAGGAGGAGCGGGAAUCUAGUAUGGUCUUGCCUAUCAUUGCGCCUGAUCCGAAGAGAGGGCUCAUCAACGUGGAGACAUCCUCAGCUGCGAGUCGGAAGGAGCAAAAGAAUGUGGUCGAAAUUGGAGAUGGGGGGGAGGCAGGUGAGGCGCAUCAAGAGGAGCUUAACUCGCUCGAUCCUUGUCGGAAUCGAGCGAGAGAAGAGGCGAUUCUGAAGAUUCUGGGUAGGGAGAGCUCAUUAGUAGGAUCAGAUUUAGUGGAAGGAGGGCAGCGGGUGCGAGGUGGGCGAAUGCGAGGUGAGCGUCGGGUGGAGAAAAGGUGGGAGGAGGCAGAGAUGGUGGGUAGGGGUGGAGAGGGGAUGGUGGGUGGGGGCGGAGAGGGGAUGGUUGCAGGAGGUGGAAGGGAGAUGGCUGGAGAAGGUGGAAGGGAGGUGGGUGGAGGCGGAAGUUCUGCAUCAACGAUGGCUGAACGCCGGUCGAAGAUAGCAGACACAGUGGCAGAGUCUCCAAAAGAGGUGGUGGAAGAUGUGGCAGAUGAAGAGUUUGACGAUACACCCAUCGAUGAAACAGAACACGCGAACAUAGUUUUUAUUGGGCAUGUCGAUGCUGGAAAGUCAACGAUUGGUGGACAAAUCCUGUAUUUGACAGGGGCGGUGGACGACAGGACAAUUCAAAAGUAUGAGAGAGAAGCGAAGGAAAAGAGUCGUGAGAGUUGGUACAUGUCGUAUAUCAUGGACACAAAUGAAGAAGAGCGUGCUAAGGGGAAAACCGUGGAGGUUGGACGAGCCUAUUUUGAGACUGAAAAUAGACGAUACACAGUUCUUGAUGCUCCGGGCCACAAGAACUAUGUACCUAAUAUGAUUUCAGGAGCUUCCCAGGCAGACGUUGGUGUAUUGGUCAUCUCUGCAAGAAGAGGAGAGUUCGAGACUGGUUUUGAACGUGGUGGGCAGACUCGAGAGCAUGCACAACUGGCAAAGACACUGGGAGUGGGAAAACUUGUGGUUGUGGUUAAUAAGAUGGAUGAUCCUUCAGUUGAGUGGGCAAAGGACAGGUAUGAUGAGGUCGAAAAGAAGAUGGGCCCAUUCCUGCGGAGCUGUGGGUACAACAUAAAGAAAGAUGUGCAGUAUAUACCAAUUUCUGGGCUAUAUGGGAUAAAUAUGAAGGCACGUGUGAAGGCAGAAGUUUGUCCUUGGUGGCAACGGCCAUGUCUGUUUGAAGUACUUGACGGCCUUAAAUUAACACAAAGAGAUCCGAGGGGUCCAUUCAGAAUGCCUAUAAUUGACAAGUAUAGAGAUAUGGGCACUGUAGUGAUGGGCAAGAUUGAAUCUGGCAGCGUCCGCAGAGGACAAAGUCUUUUUAUCAUGCCGAAUAAGGCGGUUGUGAAAGUUGUGACAAUGUACAGGAACAACGACGAAAUUGAGCGUGCAAGACCGGGGGAGAAUCUGAGAGUUCGACUUGCGAAUGUGGAGGAGGAAGAGAUAUCGACCGGAUUUGUUCUCUCAAGCAUUAAACGCCCUGUCAGCGUGGUCAGCGAAUUUGAAGCACAGCUACAAAUCUUGGAACUCCUUGAUCAUAAGGCCAUAUUCACGGCAGGUUACAAGGCAGUGCUUCACAUUCAUGCCAUUGUCGAGGAGUGUGAGAUCCUCAAGCUGAUAGCGCAGAUUGAUCCUAAGACGAAGAAGAAAAUGAAGAAACCUGUCCUGUUUGUCAAAACAGGGGCAGUUGUUGACUGCCGAAUCCAGGUUGCACAAGUCGUCUGCGUUGAGUUGUUCAAGGAAUUCCCGCAGCUUGGGCGGUUCACUCUCCGUGAUGAAGGCAAGACAGUCGCCAUCGGAAAAGUCAUCGGCCUUGACGCCCCCGCUUGAUUGUUUGACAUUGGAUGGGCAAUCUCCGUUGACUAUGAAGGCAAGAGGACACACUUGGCUGGUUUGCGCACCACUUCUCAUAUGGUUUUCGCUUCUGCAUCCUGAAUGUCUGCUGUUGAUAGUUUAGACUCUUAGAGUCCUUUCAACCCGAUUGUGUUUUUUCGCUUUUCCCCAAAUCUUCUGAAGGGGAAUUUGGAAGGUUGGGGGAAGAAUGCGGCAAUCAUCCCAAAUUGGAGCUUCCGUUCUGGCAUUUUGGCAUCCAUAGCUUAUGGACAGUACAACCAACUCCAAAACAAUUGGUUCCUCUAGAAGUUGGUCCUCGAACAUCCGCCAUCACUGCGAUACUUAACCCAGUGGUCACUCCGGGUUUAGACCACAAGAGAGGGUUAGCCAUGCCCGCUUAGCCUUUUGGUUAGGUGUUUGCCUGACAAGCCGUUGGUUGUGUGUUCGAUUCUCGGAUAGGGCAUGCAUGAUGGGAAGUGUUCAUAUCGGCACUUCAUACAGCUGUAGUGCCGUUGAAUCCCUGGCAGAUGUGUGCUGCAUGCCCCAUGGAGAUGGAAAACACCUUUGUUUUGCUGUCAUCAUGUUACGCUAGCAACCUGCUGGUUAUGGGGUAAACAGGGAAGCAGACAAAAGCAUUUGUUGAUAAGUUUUUAACUUUCUAGUAACUUCUUACAGCAUUUGUUGUGGUACCACGGUAAGAGUUUUGUAAUUGUUUAGGCAAACCAUCCAAUAGCUUGGUAACUGACUGUGGCAGCACAUUUGCUGGGGCCAUUUGUCAGUUCGUAUAAUCCAGGGACAAUUUGCUUGCUGCCAUGACCCAUGGACCAAUCCACGGACAAUUUGCUUGCUGCCAUGACCCAUGGACCAUUUGCCUCUUCAGAUGGACCAAUCACAUGAUUUUUUUAUGCUUGGAGUCAGGGUUGCAUCCCUGCCGACCGCCGACCCCGACCGCCGACGGUUUUGCAGCCGACCGGUAGGGCCUACCGGUCGGCGGUCUGCUGACCAGUCAGGAAAGAGCCAUCCACUAUUUCUUUUUAAACCUGAGUUAGGGGCUGUACUGCGCUUGCUGGGUACAGCCCAAAUCCGCUGGAUGAGGGGAGGUAGGGGGGGGCUGGGGGGGGUAUAGGGGGGUUAUAAGGGGGUAAUGAGGGUGUUGGGGGGCGAUUUGGAGGUGUUGAGGGGGUGUAUAGGGGUAUUGGGGGUGACUGAGGUAGCCAGACGUGCUCCUCCCUUCUGCGGAUUUUAAGGGCAGAGGAAAAAAAAAUAGGGCCCCGUAUUCCUCAUUGCAUAUAGCGUUUUUUUCUGAAGGGCCACCAGCAGAGAAUCUGCAGAGCUCCUAUAUCUCAGCGGAGACGCACAACGAGUUUCGGAUUGAGCAAGGAGCAGGCCAGGAAUAUAUCUUCUGGAUCCGAAUUCAGGUCUGUGUUCCGGCAGUUAUGGGCUACAACUACUUACUGCUGUAUUCUCUCUUUCUUUCUUUUGUUUUCCUUUUCCUACAAGCAGUGCCCUAAGGGCCUGGCUCCACUCGUCACCACUUGCACAGAAGACAAAAGAUAUGGCGGUGUAUGAUUCCACAUUCUAGCAGAAGAUUCAUUCUAGUCUUACACAUUUGGUGAGUAGGGGAGGGAAGCCCUGAAAAUCACGUGGUGAGUUGGCCUGCUAUUCACCGAAUCUGGUCGAGAAGUGCCACUGUUGUGGAAAGGAGGUGCGGACCAGCUGACCGGUCGGCUGGUCAGCAGCCGACCAGUCAAGGGCCGCCAACCGUCGGGGUGUGCAACACUGCUUGGAGCUCCACUAACUCUCGGUGCGCAAAACCAUUUUGUAGUUCACAGGUCACUGUGAUAUAGUCUUUAGCGUUGACCAAAUUGCAGAAACAUACUAGUUGUUGGUUGAGGUGUGUGUAGACUGUGGAGGUGCAGUUGCAUUCUAUACAUUGUGGUGACUUUUUCCCGCUUUGAAGGAUGCCGAGUUUUAACUGCUUUCAAACUGCAGCUAUGACUGCGUUUCCAAGUUCCGACUAGCUCAAACAGACACUCCUUGAUCUGGAAUACCUGUUCUGAAACUCUCUCAGUGUUGCUCCUGGUGUUCAUGUGCUUUAGGAUGGUUGUAGGAAGGUGGCUGUAGGUGAAGCUUGGCCCUUCUUGUGAAGCUCUCGCACCUAUGUCAGUGCGGAUCACUGUUUUCUUCUUUGUGCCCCAAGCGGGAGCAAGAGGGAGUGCUGAAGAGCGCGGUCUCGGUUUGUCAUGGGGGGAGGAGGAGGUAAUUCUCUGUGCGUACCUGGUGCUGGGGAUCAUUGUUUUCGUCUUUGUGGUGUGAGCAGAUGGAUGAGGUAGUGCUGUAGAGCGCAGUCUUGGUUCGUCAUGGGAUAAGGAGGUAAUUCUCUCUGCGUACCUGGUGCGUGUUUGGUCGUCUGGCAGCAAGUGCAUUACACGGCACAGUGGUUGUUUGCACGUUAUGAUACCCGGUGAAACAGAGCCGUGCAGGGAAUUUGAAACAGAACACAGCUACCAACGAGCCCAGCUCAGUUGGUACACCUACGAACUGUUGAAAUGCAGACCUGAGUUCGAAUCCAGAUGAAACUCCAUUAACUAAAAAGUGGCAACAGAACACAGCUCCUAAGGGUAUGUCACUUAUCCAAUCCGGUCUUUGUUUGAAUUCGGGCGGUGGCGGGUGAGAGAGUUGCUUCUUUGGCAAGUUUGCUUUGAUGGUGCAGAUGGAUGCGGUGUCAGCUUCAUCAAUCAGAAGAGGCAGCCUGUGGUGGUGUGGAGAACGCCCGUGAUACAUCUGCCCAAUAACAUCUUGCAUUGUUUGACAAGCAAUGCAGCCAUUGAGGAGACUAGGAUCUGUACAGCCGCUGACGACUCUAAACACGGCAUACAUCUUUGCAUGGGGUUGUCUUGCACUCUGAAAGCUGGCAAGGCCUAUACAGCAGUGAGCAGAAACUGUGAAGCAGACUCUUACUGAGCACCUCAUACAGCAGUGAGCGGAAACUGUGAAGCAGACUCUUACUGAAUUUUUAGGUUGAUGUGGUGUGAACGGUGUGUGUUGAGCGGUAGAAGCUCUUUUGCCAAACCAGAUGGGAUAAAUUCUUAACAGAGCA